AUGGAGAUCGGCUCAAAGAGGAAAUCUCCCCGUGCUCUCACGCAAAUCUCGGGCGCGAUUUCUGAUGCCAAAGCGGAGUAUAAAUGCAAGCGCAAAGAGCUUGCCACGGCUCUCAAGGCAGAAAUCAAAAGCGAGUUUCAAGAGCAAUUGAUUGCCGAAAACCCCCGACUGGUUAAAAUUUUAACUCGACAAUGGGAAACACAAAAGUGCAACCAAUCCAGACUGACCGAAAUGUACGAUACUGCCGAAGAACUUGCCCCCAAAGUAGCCAAACUGAUCGAAAUGAUUCGAGAUGCUGAGCAUCCGAUUGUUUACACUGGAGCAGGGAUUUCGACGUCGGCGAAUAUUCCUGACUAUCGCGGGACUGGUGGUGUUUAUUCAUCACUGGCAUCAGGGCAAGACAUAAAACAAUGCAAUCUGGUAACUGCCACUCCAACUCUUGGACACAUGGCGCUUUCCGGAUUGCUGAAAAGCGGAAUCUUCAAGUUUCUCCUUUCUCAAAACUGCGAUGGUCUUCAUCUCCGAAGCGGUGUUUCUCCCGAACAACUUUCAGAAAUUCAUGGAAAUAUGUUCAUGGAAAACUGCGAUGAAGGCCACUUCUUUUAUCGAACAUUCGAUGUGACAGAAAAGACGAAUGUAAAGCGCCAUAAAACCGGACGAAUGUGCCCAAAUGAAGACUGCGACGAAGAAUUGUACGAUGCGAUUGUGCAUUUUGGCGAAAUGAACCGAUUUGAUGUUCCCUAUCGUUGGGAAACUGCCGAAACUCACGCUGCUCAAACGGAUCUGAUUGUCUGCAUCGGAACAAGUCUCAAAGUCCUGAAAGCUUACAAAGUGCUCUGGCCGAAGAAAUGCAAGCUGGUGAUUAUCAACUUGCAGUGGACGCCGAAGGACAAGAAAGCGGACUUGCUGAUUCGAGGUCAGAGCGACCAAAUUCUCUGCGAAGUGGCCAAGGCCUUCGACAUUCCGAUCUCGCCGUAUUCGGAAAGUGAGGACCCGCUCAUCUCUCUUGCCACUGCCCUGAACGAAAACGAUCCCAAACCUUCGACUCCCUUUCUCAAUAUGGUAGAAAACAACGCUAAAUUUCCAGUCGAAAGCAACAACUUCAAGACCAAUUUCAAAGAGCAUUACACGCCCGGCUGGUACGGCAAAGGCAUGAAGAAAAACUAG